UGACCACCGCCGCCUCCUCCUCUAUAUAGGGGGGCACUUUCUUACACACCACCACCUCCCUCCCCUGCCUCCAUGGCGAACCUCCCCACCCACGCCACCACCACCAACGCCGACGCCUCCGGCUUCAAGCUCUUCGGCCAGGUCAUCCAGCCCGAGGCCCACCGCGCCGCCUCCGUCUCCAUCUCCAUCUCCACGGGAGAGAGCACAGCGCCAACGCCAACGCCAACGCCCUCGCCCCCGCCUCCUCCUCCUCCUGCUCCGUCGACGACGCAGCAGGCCACGGUCGGGGGCGGCGAGCCGCUGCCAUGCCCGAGGUGCGGGAGCAGGGAGACCAAGUUCUGCUACUUCAACAACUACAACGUGCGGCAGCCGCGUCACCUCUGCCGCGCCUGCCGCCGCUACUGGACGGCCGGCGGCGCGCUCCGCCGCGUCGCCACCGCCUCCCCCGGCCGCCGCAGGCCCCGGCCCACCGCCCGAUCGGCCGCCGCCGCGGCCUCGGCGACCGCCUCCACCUCCGAGGAAGGGGCAGCAGCAGCAGCAGCGGAGAGCGUUGACUCGCGGUCGUAGGAGCCUUUCCGGGAACUCGCGUCGUCGCGUGCGUGGUGGAGCUGCCUGGAGCAAUGCUUUGCUCCCUCCCUCCUCCUCCUCCGCUCUUCCGGGCCCACGCGUCAGAGACACUUUUUUGGCUCUUUGUUUUUGGGGGGAAUUUAUUAUUAUUGAUGUAGGUUGUUCCAUUUCGAUACCAUGUUAGGAUUCUUUUGGGUGGCCGGAAGGAUGCGGACACGGCCAGCAAUGAAAGAGAUACUCCCGUCGAAUGAAUGAAAGAGAGGAAAAGUUUGAAAAAAAAAAUACUAGUCCCUACUCGUUGAAAUGAAUGUACCCCUUCACUGUGAGCCGUGGCAAUGAUGAUGAUGAUUCAUCUUU